CACUACAUAAGGUACCUUAGGGAGUUGUCGGAAGAAAGCAAAGAAAGAAACUUGUAAAGGCUUCGUCAGUAUCCCUCAGAAAUCAAGUCAAAGGCGAUUGUCAGGGCGGUUUAUCAUCACCGCUAUGGCUACAACACAGAUCAUGCUCCCGGGCGACGCCAUACCAGCGACGCAGAUUCCAACAUCCCAGAAACGCAAAAUAGGUCGAGGCCUCCGACAAGAUGUCACGACUGGCGACUUCACAGCAACCAUUGGCGGACUUCUGGAAGUCGACUACCGCAAGAAGACAGCUCAAAUAUCUGCUCCCGAUGCCCGGUACAUCCCCAAAGCCGGAGAUUUAGUGAUUGCCCAAUUCCGCACAUCGUCGACGGACUUUUUCCACCUCCACAUCAAUGCGCACUCGCCUCAGGCGAUAUUGCCACAACUAGCCUUUGAGGGCGCGACGAAGAAAACGCGGCCGCAAUUGAAGCCGAACGACCUCGUUUAUGCGAAAGUCGUGGCGGCACAAAAGAAUAUGGAGAUCGAGCUUAGCUGUGUGAAUCCCAGCACCGGGAAGGCGGAACCGGACGGGCUCGGGCCUCUCACGGGAGGUAUGGUGUUCGACGUGAGCCCCGGCCUGGCGGAGAGGUUGUUGAAGAAGCAGGGCGUCGUGGCGCUGGAUGAGCUGGGGACCAAGUUGCCGGGCGGGUUUGAGAUUGCUGUGGGCAAGAAUGGAAAGGUCUGGGUUGAGUGUCCGGAAGCAGGCGUAAAAGGGGUCUGUGCUGUGGGUAGGUGUCUGAGGGAGAUGGACGAGAAAGAGUUGAGAGAGAAGGAGCAGAAGAAGCUUGUUAAUAAGAUUAUGGGGGAGCUGGAGCGUGGCUGAAGAAAAAAUGCGAAAGCAGGUGGAGGCUUGAACAUAUGUCUCAAGGCAAAACCCAUUUCAAGAGACUUCUGGACGGGAUCGAGAGGUUAAGUAAGGUAUGCAUCAGUACUGGCUGCCACAGCAUCCGGGCUGGUGAUGAAUGGUCACCUUUCCAGCUACGCAGGGGAGCAUCAACCACGGAUGCUUCGUCCGCCAGCUUUCGGAUCAGGAGAUAUGUGUGAGAUUCGCAACUUGAGCAGCAGGGCUCUAACGGUACUGGAGCGGAAGCUGAAAGAAGGUCGUGGGAUUCUUUCAUCAAUGUAUGGACAUGGAUGCAGAGGACGUGUACGAAUAACGAAGACGAUUACCAAUGAGACAUCUGCGUCAAUGGACGGAUAUGACUACGCAGGAC